AUGUCUGCCAAGUCGAUAUUUCAAGAGGAGAAAAAUCCACGGGGUAUUCCAAAAGCUCCAUUCAUCGCAAAUGUCGAAGAAUAUCUGGGAGGCCCAGAUGGCGUGGUCGAGACUCCCCUGAAGAAUUUCCAGGAUGCUAUCGCGAAGUACCGAUAUAUGGAUGCCAACUUAACACAACGACGAAAAGGUCUGGAAGACAAGAUCCCUGACAUCAGAAAGACAUUACAUAUGGUGGAGUUCCUGCAAGAAAGAAGGGAAGGCAAGAACAAGAACGACGAUCUGGAGGAUGAUCUCAAAGCAGAACUUGAGGACACCGACACUGUCUAUCUAUGGCUAGGGGUGAUUGCAGAGGCUGCGUCACUCCUGCGAUCCAAAUUGGAUCUUGCAGAGGCCAGCUUAAAAGCUACGAUCGAAGACUUGGAGUUUCUGCGAGAGCAGCUGACGGUGAUGGAAGUCAACACUGCUAGAGUUUAUAAUUGGGAUGUUAAGCGGAGACGAGAGCGUCGACUAGCCGGAGAAACCAAUGGAAAGAAGGGCGGCUAG